AAAAACCCUUCUGAGAAUCUUUGGAUCUUUUUAGGGUUAAACUGUUCAGGAGGGGCCGACGGCCAACACACAGAAGUGAGGUUCUUCCAAAGAGAUUGGCAAAGGGAUGAACAGCAACCAGGACAACAACAACAAGGAUGAUGAUGGGAUCUGCAUGGGCAGCUUGGAAGAGUGGCUGACUACAGGUUUGCCUCUCUUGGAUAUUCGUAACCAUGACCAAUAUGCCGAGAGUCACAUCAAGAACUCGAUUCAUAUUCCUCUCUCCAGUGUACGACAACGAUCCUACGAGUUGCCACCUCGGCAAGACGCCUUUGCUGUCCUAAUUUGCUCCAACAAUCAUCAAGAAGAACAGGAAGAGUCACUGCAGUUGAUUCGAGAGUUUUUUCUUUGUCAAGAAGAAACUACCAUCAACAACAGCACGAAGAAGAAGAAGAGGGCUCAAAAACCAUGGAUGGUUCCGUUGAUACUCACAGAUGGCAAAAUCACGAGGGACCAAGCCAAAGAAUGCAGCAUCUUGGUAGAAGGACACGGGACACAACAUGAUGCACCCAACAAUACGGAUAUAGAGAGCUUUCAACCAUUGCCUCGACUCUGGCAACCGGAUUCCAUGGUCAAAGAGGUCCUGCUUCCGAUUCUGGCAAAACGCUUGGAAGAAACCGCUGCUGCUGGGAUCAAAGAGAGAGGGAAUGAUGAUCAUCUAUAUGAAAUUUGGGAUUUGGGAGCCGGUGCAGGGAGGGAUGUUGCCUUUCUGGCAGAGGAGCUAAAGGCUACAGCAACCAACAAACGCGUGGCAACAUUUCGUGUGGUCGCAAUGGACCAACGGUAUCGAUCACUGCAAUCGCGAGCUGGCAAUGAUAUUCAAGCACGUGACCCUCAGGUAGACCCGGUCGAGGAAUGCAUUCAGUUUUGGAAACGACGAGGUAUUGAAUACGAAACUAGGUGUGUUUCUGUUCACUGGGGCAAUCAAACACAAGAUCAUGCACAGUGGUUCCGGAAACAACAACAGCAAUCAGGUACAACGACAACGCACCUGCUGUGCUUGUUCAUGGUACGAUUCUGGAACCAAAGUCUAAUGGAGUUCUUGGCCACAAGUGACACAGAGUUGGUCAAGGAGGGAACAUUGGUGGCAGUGUCCCAGUUUGCAAAGCCUCAUCCAGGAGCUUCCUGGAAUUUUGACCAUCCAAAGGAAAAGAAUGUGCUGGAGCGCCAUGAGCUGAGGCAAAUGUUUUCAACAGACAGAGGAUGGUGUGUUUUACACGACAACAUUGUGACAGAUUCCGAUCACGGCCGAACCUUGAUAAACUUUGUGGCGGUGAGGAAUUGACUACGACGCAACGGUGUCUGCGCUUUGCUGAUACAAAAUAAGCAAGUCGGGCAUUCAAAUUCAAGCUACAAUUUUAUUUGAACGCAUCACAUCCCUAUCGACAACUUACAGCAUUCUACAUUCAAAUUUCCCCAUCCGUCGUCAUCCCACCUGUACGGUACUGGUAUUACCUUCACACAAACAAAUAUCAACAAAACAAACUUCAAAACCGUAUGCAACAAACUCGCCUUGGUCUGCAAUGCUUACAAAAGGGAAACCAGUGGUGGCACCCUAGAGACCAGUGGUGGCACCCUAGAGACUAGCACGCUGAACGGAAUCGCCCACGAGUCGAGUCUAGCAUCUUGCCAAGAGCACUGGACCUGUGGCGUCGUGGAGCGCCCUUGGAGUUUGCGUACAGCUUUACUUGUGGAUCGCAAUAGCUGCGGCUACAACCCCGCAAAGUUCGUUCAACAUGGCAGAUAGCUGGGACGGAGAUAAACUCCGCAACUCCAUUGCCGGUGAACUGGAUACGAAUGCAAGCUUUCCUGUUAGCUUCUGUACCGGCGUGGUGGCUUGGUGGGAUGGCAGAUCGCAUGGAAGUACCGUUUCCGGUCUGAGUGGGACUGCACAAUAGAUUGCAUACGUUCCAACUUUCUCAAAACUUGGAAUCUCUGGAUACGUUUACUUUGUCAUUGCAAACUUGGAACAACGACGUCCCCAAAUGGAAUAGCGCACCACUAAAGUAUAGUCAAAGUCUUUGGCAGAUGUCAUGAAGCAAGCCACCUGAGGCAAAGGUUUUGGGUUCCCUUGAUGAUUGUCCAACAGGUGCUUUUGAUGUCUGGGAUUGUGUGCCACAACUGCUUCAAGAUGCGAAUGUCAAUGGAAACAAAAGUGCAUAAAGCAAACACACCCAGAGCUAUUGCAGUAUCUCCAUCGGUUCAUCAUCUUGAUUGGGCAAAAUGACAAUGGGACCACUCACAGUUCCGGCACCCAUACAGAAUUGCAACAUGAAGAAAUAGUUCCAAAAGAACAACACCAGGGAUUCCAACGUGGUCCCCCACCGUAGUACUAACCUGGCCCGACGAUGCUUAACUUCGCUGAGCAGACGGGAAGCGGUGCUGUCAUCGUGGUAUGGUCGUUCCUGACAUCUGACUAAAUCUUUAUCACUAUUUUAGCAUUGAUAAAUUUGACACAGCGAUCCGUACCUUUUUUGGCAACCGUGGUACCAGUACCUGGUACUGGAGCAGAACGCAGACACGCAGUUUUCGGGGUUGGCGUCUGUGUGCUUGAAAUCUUCAAAAGGUGCCAUUCUAUUGGAAAGAUAAUAUGACAUUCUUUGCUUUUCGCACGAGACGUGGACACAGAAGAUGAGCUCACAGUGCCCACAAACUGGACCACUAACUGGCUCAUGUUGUGAGUUUUGUUGGAGCUCAAUGGUCAAAUCCAAUGGUUCCUGGGAUCAUCAAACAGAGUGAGUGACAGUCUCCUGACACCGGCAACAAGCUCGGCUUUGGCUGCAUCGUUGCAACCCCACGACCAGAAUCGAAUCGAAUCGAAUCGAAUCGAAUCAGUGAAGUCUAAAACUACACUGCUUCGUCCCUUUUCUCGUGUUUUUGCAGCUUUGGCGAGUUGAGAUUUCCGAGUGUGUGUGCCUCUUACCGGUUCA